AUGCCACCGCAAAGCAGAGGAUUGCAGGUGCCCGCAGGAUUCCAGUCAAAGUCAACGCCGAACCUCCCGACUCUCGCGUCGCUACGCCGAUCGAAACAUGUUACGACCACAGACUCUGAUACCGGCGCGUUGGCUGAAUCUCCAGAAAUCAUCUCAUCCUUAGAGUCCGCGUCACGCGAAGACGAUAUCGCAGACGAAGACUUACAGCAGUCGCCGAGUGGGAUUGCUCUCGAUCAAGAUGAGGACUUUUCGUCCGACGCUGAGGAUGCUGAUACCACAGCACCGCGACAGCGACCGCUCUACACGCACGCAUCGCGAUCAUUUUCUAGCCUGCCACCGCAGACAAAUUCUAGCAUGCUAUUUCCUCCAUUCUAUAAUCGACCGCCUGCUCCACUCCCAGAAUCUCCGACCUUGACCUCGCUGUUCAGGCCAUCGUUUUCCGCACAAGCCUCAAGACCUACGACACCCGAGUCGUCUGAUGUGGAACUUGGAGACACGGCUCCUUCGGGCGCAGCGACACCCGUCUCUACUACCACGACCACGGCCGAUAUUAAUACCUCUGCUCGCCUUGCGCCGCCCUCUGUCCCCCGAGCCUCACCCAAGGUGCCAACCUACGAAUACUAUGGGUUCGCGUUGUACCUCGCCUCGUCUGCAGCAUUCAUAAUGUACUUGCUUUGGUCAUACUUGCCUUCACCGUUUCUACAUCAAUUGGGCAUACAUUAUUAUCCAAACAGGUGGUGGGCGCUGGCGGUACCUUCAUGGCUCGUCGUCCUGAUCGUGUACAUCUACAUCGCGCUUGCAAGUUACAACACCCAAUAUCUCACGCUGCCAUUAUCGAGCUGCGAGAACCUGGUUGACGAAGCGGGAGCCGUUGCGUGCAUUGAUACAAGAUCAAGAAAGAUUGUCAAGAAUGGUGUCGUACCAGCUGGGUCUAGAAAGGGUUCGGCAAAUGCAGCGUCAAGCCCAGUAUCACCUACUGUAGGCAGGCGAGGAGGCGACCUCCGCACUAUGAGCAAUUUCGGUGUACAAACGACAUUCAUUGCUGGAUAUGACGUAGAUUGGCGUACUCUGUGGAGCAUUGGUACUGAUGGUGUGCUCGAUGUGCCUUUUGGGGGUGUCUGCGAGGUUCUCUAUGGUGACUACCGCAGUAGCGACAACGACGACAUUGCGAAUGAUGCUUUGAAUCACACACCUACGCGAAUGACUGAGAAUGGAUGA